AUGCAUCCCAAUCGCAUUGACGCGGCGUUGCACCCCGCCGAAUACGUCUCGAGUGCCUCUGAUGCCGCCGCUGUUGAUGCCGCCGUCAAUAUUCAGCGCAAUCGCUCGUCUGCCGCUCCGCGCAUGACGGCCGCUUCCCGCUCCCGUACGGAUCCCGGCCUAGCCCUCGGUCGGGAUAACGCAGAGACUGCUCGCGCGCCCAUUUCUGAGCGACACGAGCUCCAGACGAUUCACUCCAAAGCGCCCUUCGCCAUCAAGACCGACAGCGUCGAUGAUGCGGCCACGAGCGCCGGUGCCUCGGCCGCAGCCGCCAACUCCAUCCCCUAUACGAAGCCCUCGUUCCGCGACCGUCUGGCUCGUCUUCAGCCCGAACGGCUUACGAGCAAUAAGCGGCGCCGACAGAUGCACGGCUUGGUAUGGAAGGAGAGCGUCAAGGACUGGGUCGCGACCGCGUACCAAAGGGUCAUUAUCGAGGGUCUAUUGCGCCAGAAGCCGCUGCCGCCGUCGCACGAUGGUCGCCACAUUCCCAUGAAUUACCCGCACGACAUGAUCGACGAGCGCAGUGGCCGGCACUACUGCAGCAACUUCAUCCGCUCCUCGCGCUACACAGUCUACGACUUUAUUCCGAAGCAGCUGUUCUUCCAGUUUAGCAAGCUGGGCAACUUUUACUUUCUGGUCAUGGGCAUCCUACAGACCAUUCCAGGUCUGAGUACCGUAGGACGCUGGACCACAAUUGGACCGCUGCUUGCGUUCGUGGCAUUUAGCAUGGCCAAGGAAGGACUGGAUGACUACCGAAGAUAUCAGCUUGACAAGUCGGAGAAUAGAAGCAGUACCUUGGUGCUAUCCCGUAACGACGGCAGAAAACGGAAGGCAACACAUGCCAAGACUGCAUUGGCGCGCAUCAAGAAUCGCAACGAAAAAGCCGACGUCACUGUGGAGGAGACGGCUCUCGGCGACCUCGAGCAAACUCGCCCAAGCUCUGAUUGGAUUGAGCUUGACUGGCAACAAGUUCGCGUCGGCGAUAUCGUCCGUCUGCAGCGUGACCAAAAUGUACCCGCUGAUAUGGUGCUGCUGCACGCCACGGGUCCCAACAGUGUUGCCUACAUCGAGACCAUGGCUUUGGAUGGUGAGACCAAUCUCAAGGCCAAGCAAGCCUGCCCGCCACUUGCCCACUGCUGCAACACGAUUGACGGCCUGCGCCAGACACAAGCGACCAUCGUGUCCGAGGACCCCAACAUUGACCUUUAUAGCUACGAUGGAAGAGUCAUGAUCGACGGAGAGAUGCUGCCGCUGACCCUCAACAAUGUUGUCUAUCGCGGCUCGACCCUCCGCAACACGUCCGAAGCAAUCGGCCUCAUCAUCAACUCGGGCGAAGAAUGCAAGAUCCGUAUGAACGCUCACAAAAACGUGCGCACCAAGAAGCCCGCCAUGCAGUCCACAGUCAACUUGAUGAUUCUCUUUCAAAUAUUCAUCGUCGUCAUGCUCGCCGUCGGCUUCACCAUUGGCUAUUACCUUUGGGAAGAAGACGUAGAGAACAGAUCCUUCUAUCUCUACAGAAACGGCUUCUACGACGCUUCUGUGCCCUUUCGAGAAAUCUUUUUUGGUUUCCUCAUCAUGUUCAACACACUAAUUCCGCUGUCACUCUAUAUCAGUCUGGAAAUUGUGAAACUGGGACAGCUGCUAUUGCUGCAUGAUGCCGAUAUGUACGAUCCUGUGACGGAUACGCCCAUGGUGGCCAAUACGACGACCAUUUUGGAAAAUCUGGGACAAAUCAGCCAUGUCUUUUCCGACAAAACGGGCACAUUAACAGAAAAUCUUAUGCGAUUUCGCAAACUGUCUGUCGCUGGUAUUUCCGUCUUACAUGACAUGGACAUCUUGCGAGACGAAAAACUCAAGCAGGUCAAGUUGGAUUCACGCAAGGUCUCGAAGAAGCGCGGCAAGCAGUUGGCAAAUGUCAUAGCGUCGGCAGAUCCAGUCGGGCGUACAUCCACGGGAUCUUUCACCCACUGGAAGUCGUCGGUCCGGCCCAACGAUGAACCGGACAUGAAAACAGAAGAAUUGCUUGAGUAUAUCCGCUCCAAACCCAACACUUCCUUUUCGCGCAAAGCCAAGCACUUCCUUCUAUGUAUCGCUCUUUGCCACACUUGCUUGCCCGAAUGCAAGGAUGAUGGCUCUAUCGAAUUUCAGGCCGCAUCACCUGAUGAGCUUGCCCUCGUCGAGGCCGCACAAGAUCUAGGAUAUAUGCUCAUCGAUCGCCCGGCUCAGACAAUCAAGUUGCAGACGAUUGACGCAGAGGGAGCCAUGGUCGUGGACUCAUACCAGGUCUUGGACGUGAUCGAAUUCAGCAGUCAGCGAAAGCGCAUGUCUAUCAUCGUCCGUAUGCCAGACAACACCAUUUGCGUGAUUUGCAAAGGUGCCGACAAUGUCAUUACCUCACGGCUGAAGCUGAGUCACCUUGCCGAGCAAAAGGCGCGUGACAUUGGCCGCAGAGCCAGCAUGCGGAAGACUUUUGAGAAGAACAAGGCAUUGCAGAGGAAAAGCAUGCAAUUGAGCGUUCGGUCGACUCCUAGAACUAGUCUCGCCAUGCGGAACCGCGAAUCGACGGACAUCCGUGACAGUCUGCGGCAGAGUAUUGGCCGUCGCUCUGUGGACGGUGCUCGACUAGGGGAAGGCCUCUCUUCAUGGCUACAGAGGCGACACAUUGAGGAAACGACCUCUCCUCGUCACUCGGUUGAGUUGCUCAAAUCCAACCGCCAGAGCCUCAGUCGCGUCGCCCCCUUUGACGCCAUCGACCGCCGCGUUGACGAGAGCGUAGCUUCGAGCGACGCUGCGACUUUCGAAAAGUGCUUCCAGCAUGUUGACGACUUUGCCACAGAGGGUCUGCGUACGCUACUCUACGGUUACCGCUACAUUGACGAGGAUACUUACACCAAAUGGAAGGCGCAGUAUCGCGAGGCGGAAACGAGUCUUGUUGACCGGCAACAGCGUAUUGAAGAGGCUGGCGACGUGAUUGAACACAAGUUUGAUCUGGCUGGCGCGACGGCCAUUGAAGAUAAGCUCCAGGAUGGUGUGCCAGAGACCAUAGACAAGCUGAGCCGCGCCAACAUCAAAGUCUGGAUGCUUACCGGUGACAAGCGUGAGACAGCAAUCAAUAUUGCGCACUCUGCGCAUGUCUGCAAGCCCUUUUCGGAGCUGUAUAUUCUAGACGCAAACGCUGUUGCAACGCUGACGGACCAACUUACCAUGACUCUAACCGAUGUCAGUCGCGGCAUGCUGCCCCAUACUGUUUUGGUCGUAGAUGGCCAGACUCUUACCGAGAUUGACGCUGAUCUCGAUCUCUCUGUCCUCUUUUACGACUUGGUUGUUCGUGUCGACUCCAUCAUUUGCUGUCGCGCGUCCCCCUCGCAGAAGGCCGAACUUGUCAAGGCAAUUCGGCGCUACGUCCCUAACAGUAUGACCCUCGCCAUUGGCGACGGCGCCAACGACAUUGGCAUGAUUCAGGCCUCGCACGUAGGAAUCGGUAUUUCAGGACGUGAAGGGCUCCAGGCCGCACGAAUUUCGGACUAUUCCAUUGCGCAGUUUCGCUUCCUGCAGAAGCUGCUCUUGGUCCACGGCCGCUGGAACUAUCUUCGUACCGGCAAGUACGUGCUGGCCACCUUUUGGAAGGAAAUAUUUUUCUAUCUCAUGCAGGCCCACUUCCAACGCUUCACUGGUUAUACCGGCACGUCGCUCUUUCAAUCUACUAGUCUGACCUUGUUCAACACACUCUUUUCGUCAUUGGCCGUCAUUCUACCUGGUAUCUUUGAGCGAGAUUUGCGUGCGGAGACUCUCUUAGCUGUGCCCGAGCUAUACACAUUCGGCCAACGGAAUAAGGCGUUCAACUAUCGCUUGUAUAUUGGCUGGAUGCUGAUGGGAAUUGCUAGCAGUUUCAUCGUCUUCUACAUCAGCUGGGCCGUGUACAGUUCGGCCCUGUUUACCGAGGACACCUCCCUCUAUGCCAUGGGCACUAUCUGUUUCACCGUCGGCGUCGUCUUCAUAAACACAAAGCUAUUUAUCCUCGAACUACACAGCAAAACUAUCAUUACGUUCGCGGGGUACGUUGUCACGGUUGGCGGCUGGUUCAUCUGGCUGCUGAUCCUGACCAAAGCCAUCUCCCCAGCCAUGAAUGUAUAUCUCGUCUAUGAUACAUUCAUCCGCAACUUUGGCGCCCGUCUCGAAUGGUGGAUCAUGCUCCUUCUUGCCCUCACCGGACCCCUCAUGCUGGAGCUUGUUAUCCAGAGCGUGCGAAGGGUGUAUUGGCCCACAGACACGGAUCUCAUGCAGCGCAUGGAAAAGGAUGCGGAUACACAACAGAUGCAGGCUCUCUUUGAUCAGGAUCCGGAGUCUCAUCGCCACGACGAUCAUGACAGCCAUGACGACGAGGAAGAAGCCUCGGCCGACCACCAGCGCGGCCGCAAUGCGACAAAGCUGAGCCAAGAAAUCGACCGCAGACCAGGACAUGCUCGAUUCUCGCAGUCGGAUGUGCCGCGGAGAGUUCCAGCUAUGCGCGCUAGUCUGGAUGAGAGCAGGCGACCCCAAUUCACGCCGGCAGCGGUGAAACGAGAGUCCUCGUUGAACAGGCUCCCUACGAAACUCGAGCAGAUCCGGGACGAUUAG